GUCUCGAAGUUCUUCCGGUGGUCGUGCUCUGUACUUCCGGUCGGCCUGACACGCCGCUGUUGAAUCUGUUACAUGCGCAUUGAGUCUCUCGAACAGGGCGGAUAAUGAUGGAGCGGUAAAGUUCACGAUGUGUGAGUCCUGUGCGGAGGUUUGGAAUAAACACAGAACGGACAGCAGCUAACCCACGUAUGGCCUGCGAGUCGGCUUUCCCUGCCAUCAUGGACGAGCAGGCCCUUAUGGGACUGAAUCCCAAUGCUGAUGCCUGCUACAGGCAGAGAGCUUUGGCGUAUUUCGAGCAGUUGAAGGAGUCUCGGGAUGGGUGGGAGGUUUGUGCUGAAGCUCUGGUUAAAGGUCUCUACAGUGAUGAUCAUGUGAAGUUCUUCUGCUUUCAAGUCCUGGAACAUCAGAUCAAGUACAGACAUGGGUCUCUGAGUGCAGCUCAACAGCAGUUGAUCAGAGAGACUUUGAUGAAAUGGCUUCAGGCUCAGCUGAUGAAUGUUCACCCUGAGAAGCCCUUCAUCAGGAACAAAGUGGCCCAGGUUCUGGCCCUUACCUUUGUUGUAGAAUAUCUGACCCUCUGGCCCAAAUUCUUCUUUGAUAUUCUGGGGCUGGUUGGGCUGAACCCAAACGGUGUGGACAUUUACCUGCGGACUCUCAUGGCCAUUGAUGCUGAAGUAGUGGACCGAGACAUCCUGCACAGUCCUGAGGAGACACGAAGGAACACGCUGAUUAAAGACACCAUGCGUGAGCAGUGUAUCCCUGCGCUGGUCGAAUCUUGGUUCCAGAUACUUCACACGUACCAGCACACGCACAGCGAGCUGACAUGUCAGUGUCUGGAGGUUGUGGGCUCGUACGUCUCCUGGAUCGACCUCAACCUCAUCGCCAAUGACAGGUUUGUGAAUCUGUUGCUCAGUCACAUGUCUAUGGAGGAACUGCGGGAGGAGGCCUGUGAUUGUCUCUUUGAAAUCGUCAAUAAGGGCAUGGAGCCUGUAGACAAAACCAAACUGGUGGAGUCUCUGUGUCAAGUGCUGCAAUCUGCCGGCUUCUUUAAUAUCCAGCAGGAGGAGGAUGUGGACUUUCUGGCGAAGUUCUCCCGGCUGGUCAACGGUAUGGGUCAGUCUCUGGUUUUGAGCUGGACUAAACUCAGUAAGACAGGAGAUGCAAAGGUUGUCGCGGAAACGCUGCGUGCUCUGGAGGCGAAGGUCCCGCUGAUGCUACAGCUGCUAAUUCAUGAAGAUGAUGAUAUUUCAGCGAACAUUGUGGGCUUCUGUUACGAUUACCUGCAUGUGCUCAAACAGCUUCCAGCUCUCAGUGAUCAGCAGAAAAGCAACAUUGAGGCGAUCAUGCUCGCGGUCAUGAACAAACUCAAGUAUGAUGACGAGUAUAACUUCGACAAUGAGGGAGAAGAUGAGGCCAUGUUUGUUGAGUACAGGAAACAGUUAAAGAUGCUGCUGGACCGACUGGCUCAAGUUUCUCCUGAACUUCUGCUGGAGUCUGUACACCGAGUGUUUAACAGCACCAUGCAGAACUGGCGAACAGUGCCGUUCAUGGAGGUAGAGGUGGCCAUCAGACUGCUGUACAUGAUGGGUGAAGCUCUUCCUGCAUCACACGGAGCGCAUUUCUCUGGAGAUGCAGCCAAAGCCAGCACACUGCAGGCCAUGAUGAGGACGCUCAUCUCCUGUGGUGUCAGUGAGUACCAGCAUUCCUCUGUAAGUCUGGAGUUCUUUGAGACCGUCGUCCGCUAUGAUAAAUUCUUCCUUGUGGAACCGCAGCACAUUCCCAACGUCCUGAUGGCCUUUUUAGACCACCGUGGUCUAAGGCACAGCAGUCCGAAGGUCCGCAGUCGAGUGGCUUAUCUGUUCUCACGCUUCAUCAAAACUCUACAUAAACACAUGAAUUUGUUUAUCGAGGACAUUCUGAGCAGAAUACAGGACCUGCUGGAGCUCGCACCCCCGGAGAAUGGUUUUCCAGCACUGCUCAGCAGUGAUGACCAGCUCUUCGUAUUUGAGACGGCCGGUGUGUUGAUUGUAAAUGGAGAGAGUCCGGCCGAACGCAAGCAGGCUCUGAUGCGCAGUCUCCUGUCGCCUCUGAUGGAGGCUUUCCGCAUGCUGCUCGCCAAACUGCCCCAGGAGAUGGAUGAGGAGAGACGCACGGUGCUGGCCGACUGUCUGAGUCACGCUGUGGGCUUUGCCAGUCGCACCAGUAAGGCCUUCAGCAAUAAGCAGACAGUGAAGAAUUGCGGCUGCUCUGAGGUUUACCUGGACUGCCUGCAGACGUUCCUGCCUGCAUUGAGUUGUCCCGUCCAGCGAGGGGCGCUGCGCAGCGCCGUUCGUUCCUUUCUGCACAGAAUGAUCAUCUGUCUGGAGGAAGAGGUUCUGCCCUUCAUCCCUGCAGCGUCUCAACACAUGCUGAAAGACUGCGAGCCCAAAGACCUGCAGGAGUUUAUUCCCCUCAUCAGCCAGAUCACGGCCAAGUUCAAGAACCAGGUGUCUCCUUUCCUGCAGGAGAUCUUCAUGCCUCUGGUGAUUGCCAUAUUUGAGGUGUUGUCCCGUCCCGCAGAGGAGAAUGACCAGACAGCGGCGCUAGAGAAGCAGAUGCUGAGAAGAAGCUACUUCAGUUUCAUUCAAACCAUCGCCAGCAGUGGGAUGAAUGAGAUCAUGGCAAGACAAGGUGCUGAAAAUAUUGAGCGUGUGUUAUUCACCAUCAUCCAGGGAGCCGUGGACUUCCCAGACCCUGUCGCCCAAAAAACUUGUUUUAUAAUCCUGUCCAGACUGGUGGAGCUCUGGGGUGGAAAAGACGGUUUGGUGGGAUUUCCAGAUUUCAUCUAUAAGCACAUCAUCCCAGCAUGCUUCAUGGCUCCUCUCAAACCGACCUUUGACCUUUCAGAUGCUCAGACUGUACUGACACUGUCCGAGUGCACACUGACUCUACACAUGAUUCAUCUCAAGAGAGGCCUGGAGUGUGUUCAGUUUCUGCAGGAGUAUCUGCCCUCUCUAAACGUCUCACCUGAGAUCACACAGGAACUGUGUCAAGUACUUCAGCAGCCGGAUGUCAAGGUUCUUAAAAACUACAUGAAGGCUUUUUUCCAACAGGCCAAACUUUAAAACUGGAAUGAUCUUGAGGAGCGUUUGAGGAGCUCAUCACUUACAGACCACCAUAACGGAGCUUAGCAUAGGAGCUACUUUUGCACUUAAAGAGAAGCUUAAAUCCACCCAACCUGUCUGCGGGACACAGACCCCUAACAGGAGUCACGUGGGGAUUGUCUGUCACGUGACGGUGACCACGCCCCCUACACUGACCUUGGCCCAAUCAUAGUCGUGCUCUCCAUGUGGGAUUAGCCGCCAGACUGAAGUCGUCGUCUGCGAUCGAUCGACCAACGCGUCAAGACGGAGAGCCAAUGGCAAACUGCAGGUGGGAUUUGUGAGGGUGGGGCUUCAGUCUCGGUCAGAAUAUCAAAGGGAAGUCUGAGGUAUCGGGAAUGUUUUUGGAAAAUAUGACCUAAAUGUUACAUAAUAUGAUUGUUGAAAAUAAGAUGGUUACUAGAAUGAAUUUGAUAAAAGGUUUAUUUUAUUAUUUUUAUUUUUGUUUUGAAUCCAAGGAUUUCUUUAGAUUUUCAGUGUAAGGCCUGAUUAAAGACUGUAUUUAAAUAGCAAAUUUCUUUUCUUUUUUUAUUUGUGGAAAGUCUAGUUUUAGUUUGAAGUGCUCUUGAUCUGGGCUCAAUACAGUUAGAUUUUUGACUUUUUAUUGCUUUUGACUUGUUUAUAAUGAACUAAAAUAUUAGAAAGACCCCCAAUCUUUCAUAAUUCGUACAGUAUGAUGUUCUCGUCAGAUCUGUACAGUAACUCUGUAGUUUUUGUCACAUUGUUUCUAAACAUAAGAUGUUUAGUUGGUCCGUCGUGUGAAAUAUGCAACGUUAUAAACUGUGAAAAUUCUUCAGCGAGGUUUGAUUCAUGGAUCUGCAGUGUCUGAUAAGUUUUGGUUAACUUGUGCUGCCUUUUUAGAAAAAAAAUGACAUUGGGAAAGACUGAAUCUUGCAAAAAGUUUGAAAUGCACAGCCACAAGUAUUUAAUUUCAUUGUAGAGAAAUGUUAAACAGCUGAAAGACUGAGUCAUUAUUGACAAUCUGUGUUGUAUUAGAGAUGUCAGACACGCAGCAGAUCCAUCAUGGCAAAGUUCUGCGUGUUAAAGUUUGGGUCUUAACGUUUGUGGUAAUGCUGUCACUCAUAUUGGCUUUAAAAACCAACAACCCCAAAACAAAAUGCCUAAAGCACUUUGCCAUGAAUUGAAAUGUAUAAAAAAAAAUUUUUGUUAUGCUACAUGAACUUCAGUUUUGUUACACACUCCAAUCCUGCUCUUUCAAACCCACUGCAUUAAUGCCAAAUAAGAGGAAAACUUUGUCAAAACUUGAUUUAUUUUUGAUAUGCUGACAUGCCCCUCCCCUUUCCCUUGUAGAUCUUUUGCCAUGAACAAUAAAGUAUUUACUAAUCUCA